CGAAAGCUGGUCAUAGGUGUUGAUCGCCUCGAUUAUUCAAAAGGUAUCCCCGAGCGCAUCAAAGGGUUUAAAAAACUGAUCCGUCGCUAUCCGGAGCACGAGGCGAAAGUUGUCAUGCUGCAAAUUGCCCCGGUUUCCCGCGCUGGAGUGGACGCGUAUCAACAUCUGAGGCGGGAAGUGGACGAGUUGAGUGGGCAUGUUAACGCUACCUUCGGCACAUUUGACUGGACGCCUGUACGUUUUCUGACUCAAUCGGUUCCCCGGCACGUUCUGGCCGGAUUUCAUCGCCGGGCAGAUAUCGCGCUUGUCACGCCUUUAAGGGACGGAAUGAACCUCGUCGCAAAGGAAUACGUUGCCGCUCAAGAUGAAAACGACCCCGGUAUUCUGAUCCUUUCCACACUUGCGGGUGCCGCACCUGAACUUAAGGCGGCGCUUCAGGUUAAUCCUUAUGACCCGGAUCAGAUUGCGGAGGCGCUUCAUCUUGCGUUGACGAUGUCUAAGGAUGUAAGGAAAAAGAGAUGGCGUUUCCUGAACGUGGAGGUGCAGCGCAAUACAGCGUCUCGCUGGGCUGCAGAGUUCCUUGCGGCGCUCCGGAAA